UGUUGAAGUUUCAAAGAUGCAGCAACAAAUGAAGCCUGUCGAGGAUCUGCUAACAGAGACAAAGGAGCGACUGGAUGCAACAGAAGAAGAACGAGAUGGAGUUGUUGAUGAGCUUCUGGAGAUGAAAAGGUCGGCUCAAGAUGCCAAUACGAUGCCUAGUGAAAAACAGAUGUCCUCUAAGAAGGUUGCAGAUUUAUAUACAGAGAUCAAUACGUUGAAUGAAUCAUUGAGUGAAGAAUUGGCAAUCAAACACAAGCAUUUUGAGUUAUUGAAAGUUGAACUUGGAAAGGAAAACAGAGAAUUGGAGGCAAAAUUAGUUGAGAAAGAUGCCUCACUGAUUGAAUUAAGAAGAUCAUUUAGUAAUUUGAAAUCGUCCGAGGCUCAUGCUCGUACUUUGUUGUCUGAGCUUCAUUUAGCAAAAGAGAAUGAAAGGAUUUCUUCGUUGAAGGUGAAGAGUCUAAUUGAGGAGCUGAGAAUAGUGAAGACUGAACUGAAGUUGGCUAUUGAGGCAGAAGAAAACAACAAGAAGGCUAUGGAUGGUUUAGCAUUAGCUCUGAAAGAAGUAAAUUCAGAGUCCAUCCAGGUGAAGGAGAAACUCACCACAACCCAAGCAGAGCUUGAAGACACAAAAGCGGAGGCAGGAGAAUUGAAGUUGAAGCUGAAAAGCAUGGAGGACGAGCACAAAGUUCGUUUUGAUGGGCUGAAGAAAGAAGCUGAGCUUUACAAAAACACAGUUGACAGAUUGAGAUCAGAAGCUGAAGAGUCACUUUUGGCCUGGAGUGAGAAAGAAACUUGCUUUGUGGGUGUUAUCAAAAGAGCAGAAGAAGAAAGGGAUCUUGCAAAACAAGAGAAUGUUAACCUGCUCGAGUCCCUUAGAAUAUCCGAGAACAUGACCCAGAUGGCAAAGCAAGAGAAUGCCCGGUUGCGUGAUGUACUAAAACAGGCCUUAAAUGAAGCUAAUGUUGCGAAAGAAGCAGCUGGGAUUGCAAGAGCGGAAAACUCUCAGCUUCAGGAUGCCUUGGCUGAGAAGGAAGAAGCUUUAGAUUUCAUAAGCAGAGAGAAUGAGAACCUGAAAAUGAAUGAAGCUGCGGCUCUUGAAAGUAUCAAAGAGUUGAAGCGGUUGCUCUAUGAAAAACAGAAGGUAGAUAGAGAAGAAAAAACUUCGAAUAAAAACAGUAAUGGAAACGUUGAGAACCCUCUUACGGGAUCAAUAUUUGAUGUAUACACAGCAGGAUCAGCCGUCAAUCACCGCAAGAAUUCUUCAGCAUUUACGGAGGAAGGAAGUGCUUUUUUUUCGUAUGCUCAUGUUGAGCAUAUACAGAGGCCACAUAAUGAUGAUUCGGAGGCUGAAAAAUGCACAAGAAGAAAGACAGCUUUGAUUCGGAAAUUUGGAGACUUGUUGAUGAGACGUGGUCAUCAUCAGAAAUAAAAAAAGAAGCACAAUCCAAUUUAGUUUGAUGUGUAGUUUGAUUUAAUUUGAAAUUAGAUUUGUAUUUUUUAGCUUUUCGUAUAUCUUAUCUACCACCUGGAUUUGCAACGUGAGCAUGCUUCC